AUGAAGGGAACGUCGCCUCGCCCGACGGCCCAUCAUCCGGCGGCCCCUCCUGCCUGCCUGCCCGAUCCCAUCGAUGGAUCAAAGGAAUCGGCGGUGCGCACAUUCAUCAAGAUGUGCGACAAAAUGGAUGCUGAUGACGAACCCAGGAUGGAGUCGCUGCUGUCGAUCGGACAUGGAGGAGGAAGUGCGACGACUUCUGCUUCGCCCGCCUCUUCUACAACGACCACGGCAGUACGCGACGGUCCAGUU